ACAUCGCUGCAAAAAAAUCGGAUUACACAGUAGAUAAGAACUAAAAAGACACAGCACAUGAUUUCCUCAACAUGAAAUUACUGGUAUUAUUUUUGCUCUCUGUGGCAACAUCCUUCGCUGCAGAAGAAUCGUGCGUUGGACGUUGUCAGAAUGGCUUUGACAAAUUACAGAAAUGCCAAUGUGACACUUUGUGCAAGUACCACAAAAGCUGCUGUAUAGAUUACGACAAAACUUGCCGAACCAAAGUUAGUCGUGGAGAUGUUUUCGACAUUCCUGAGGAGAAUUUGACUUCUUCAGCAAGUCCCAGCAUGGCUCCAACUAGCUCUGCAUUGAUUACCGAACCUGAGGGAGAAACCUGCAGUGGGAAAUCGUUUGAUGCCUUCCUGCAGAUAAAGAACGGAUCGGUUUAUGCCUUCAGGGGUGAAUACAUUUUUGAACUGGAUGAGAAAUCGGUGAUGCCGGGUUACCCCAAGCUCAUAAAGGAUGUUUGGGGUAUUUCUGGGCCCAUUGAUGCCGCUUUUACUCGAAUUAACUGCCAGGGGAAGAGUUAUAUAUUCAAGGGUAACAAGUACUGGCGCUUCGAAGGCGAUGUCCUGGAUGAAGACUAUCCCAGAAAUAUCUCAGUGGGGUUCGAGAACAUUCCGGAUGACUUGGAUGCCGCAUUUGCUGUUCCUGCUUCGGCACACCACAAAAAGGAGAGAGUGUAUUUCUUUAAAGGUGAUCGUUAUUACCAGUACGAGUUCAAGCACCAGCCGUCGCACGAGGAUUGUGUCCGCAUGACCAAAUCCUCGCCGUCCGUCCUCUUCACUCACUACACUGACCUGCACUGUAACGACGGCAUGGAUGACCUGUUCGCUUUGAUCUUCCCAGACAUUUCAGGACAUCACAAAGGACCACGCUUUAUUUCCAGAGACUGGGUGGGCAUCAAACCUCCUAUUGAUGCUGCAAUGGUGGGACGGCUGUACCUGACCUCCGUAGCUUAUGAUUCUGCUACACAUUCGCUUUCGCAAGUUCAGAGGACACGAGGAAGGAGCAGAGGCCGAGGAUCCAAGAAAAGCCAUUCAUCGUUUUGGGAUGAUUUGGAUUUCGAUUAUGAUGAGAGAAGGUUUUUUGGCGCACAACGACGAAAGAAAGGUCAAAAGAAGGGCAGAGGUAGACGUCCAUCUUUCGACAGCGUUUUCAGCUAUGACGACACGGACUACGCUGAUUCUGACCUAGUGGAGAAGAAAGAAAUGCCUGUGCAAAAUGUCUACUUCUUCCAGAAAGAUAAAUACUACAGACUGGACCUCCAGACUAAACGCAUCGACACUAUGAAUCCUCCAUACCCGAGAUCCAUCGCUAAGUACUGGCUGGGAUGUAAAGAGAAAGAUUUAGCAGAAAAACGAUAAAAACAAAGCUGUAAAUGAUUGAGAUUGACUACUGUGAUUCUUAACAACUGAUUGAUGAUAAAAAUGCUUCUAGACAAUAAUCCAACCAUGCCUGCUAGUAGGGUCCAAAAUGGUCUUCUCAAUCUAUAUUCAAGUCUAAAACCAUGUGAGAUCCUGUGGUUAUUCAAAUCAAACCUGUAACUUGUAUUUGCUGCCACCUGUAUUGAUGUUGUAUCUUUCUUUUUCCGACUCAGACGCUUGUCUUGAUGAGUUUUAAAAGUGAGAAUCACUGACUAUGUAAACCAACAAGCUUUUAAAUAUGUAAUCACUACAUAAUAAACUGAUGUAUCGCUCUA